AUGAAGUCUUCUUCUGCAUACAGGCACGCAGAGAAGCACCACCGGGGUGGCGCUGUUGCUUCCGGGCUGCCUGCAUCGCCCGACCCGGCAAUCGGCGUCCCUGCUGCAGCUGCGCUGCGGCCGCCGGCCUCCCAGCGUGGCCCUUCAGCACCAGCCGCCGACAGCAGCGCAGGCGACACGAGCGGCAGCGAAGCGGAUGAAGAGGACAAUGGUGACGGUUUGGACGGCGGCGAGGCCGGCGGCGGCUGGUAUGAUGACGGUCCUCCUCUGCCAGCGGCGUCGCCGCCGCCGCGCCCCAUGUCAGUGUCGCCGUGCGGCGACGCACCGCCAGGCCGGCGCUCGCGGCAGCGCGUCCCAUCCCUGCCACCGGUGUGCCCCGCAUGUGGAUCGGCUGUAUGCAUGUGCUGCGGCGGGGGUUCAGAUGAGAGUGAGUCGGCGGCGCUCGACAGCGCCGUCUUUGUCGGAGAUUUGACGAGCAGCGACAGCACCGCAUCGCGGGGCAGCAGCAGUAGCAGCGACGAAGGACUGGAAGAAGAAGAAGAGGCGCUGCGCACGCCGCGACCUGGCGGCGCCGGCGGCGGAACGCCCUGGCGCGCCUCGCUCAACUCGCCUGACAGCACUCCCCUGCGGCGCGCCGGCCGGCAGUCAGUCACGCCGCAGCGGCACCGCGGGCUGCGCGCCCCCUCGCCCGGCAGCAGCCCCUUUGUCUCGCGGCGGCGCAGCGACAGUCACAGUGACAGUGACAGUGCCAGCGACAUCGACUCGGGCGAUGACGGCAGGGGCGCAGGCGGCGAGGGCGGCCGUGGGGGCUAUGCGGCGGCCGCCGGGGGCCUGCCGCCGCGGGGCGCCGGCAAGGUGGC